AUGACUGAUGUCGUCUCUAGCAUCCUUGGACCUCUUUUGGAGAAACUAGCUUCAUCGGCUGUUGAAGAAAUUCAACUAGUAUGGGUCAUCAAGGAUGACCGAGAGAAGCUCAAGAACACGCUAGAAAUGAUCCAAAAGGUGCUCGCCGAUGCUGAGCAUAAGCAAACAAUAGAGGCACCUGUAAGGCUUUGGCUAUCGAAGCUCAAAGACUUCUGCUAUGAUGCCGAGGACGUGUUAGACGAAUUCGAAGCCAGGGCUUUGUUGAGGCGGGUGAGGUCGACCGAGCACUUGACCUUCAAAAGGAAGGUACGCUACUUGUCCUUGUGGAUAUCCAACUUCAUUUUCCAGUUUAAGAUGGCACAUAAUAUGAAAGAAUUGAGGAAGAAACUUGAUGGGAUCGAUGAAGAGAAAAUUAAGUUCAACUUGUCGAGUAACGUUCAUGACAAGACUAUAGUUCCGCGGAGGGAAACUCAUUCUUUUGUAGCCCCUCUGAAUGUGAUUGGAAGGAAGAAAGAAAAGGAAAGGAUAAUAGAGCUGUUGAUAGGAUCAGAUGAUGGUGGAGCUGGAAAGAUAACAGUCGUACCGAUUCUUGGAAUGGGGGGUACCGGAAAGACAACUCUCGCUAAAUUGGUAUAUAAUGAUGAUAGGGUAAACGAACAUUUCAAAGACAACAAAAUUUGGUUAUCCAUGCCGGUAGAAUUCGAAGUUGAGAAGAUAAUAAGAGACAUCAUCAAAUCUUUUAGUGCCGAAACAAAAUGUGAUAGCUGGAGUCUUGAAACGCUGCAAAAUCACCUAAGAAACCUCGUGAAGAGCAAAAGGUGUUUAUGCAUAAUGGACGAUGUGUGGGCAAUGAGAAGGGAGGAUUGGGUGGCAUUGAGCGAUUUGUUAGGAGGCGUUUCCGAAGGGAGUAAAGUCAUCGUGACUUCGCGGAAUAAAUCAAUCGCCUCAAUCAUGGGUACUGUCCCCCCAUGUAAUUUGGCCGACCUUUCGCUGGAGGAUUCUUUGACUUUGUUUGUGAAGUGCGCGUUCGAUCAAGGGCAAGAGAAGAAUCGCCCGGACCUCAUGGCAAUCGGCGAGGAAAUCGUGAGCAAGUGCGGAGGAAAUCCUCUGGCAGUGAAAACUUUGGGAAGCUUGUUGUAUUCGAAAAACAACCGGAGUGACUGGGAAUACGUAAGAGAUAGUGAGAUGUGGCAAUUACAAACUGAUAUUUUACCUUCACUGAGAAUAAGCUACGAUCUAAUGCCGCCUUACUUGAAACGAUGUUUUGCUUAUUGCUCGAUAUUCCCAAAGAUCAGCGGGUUCAGUAACAUGUCUGCGAUCCAACUGUGGAUCUCGAAUGGGCUUAUCCAAUCCAGCGGAAAUAAUCAGGAGCUGGAAGAGAUAGGAUGGCAGUACUUGGAGGAUCUGUGGUCGAGAUCCUUCAUUGAUUUUGUCGAGGAAGACUCUCUGGUGGUGAGGUUCCGAAUGCAUGACCUCAUUCGCGAACUCGCCAUUUCAGUGGCACAAACCGAAACGUCCACCAUGGAAGUGUGGGGACAGGAUAUUUCCCCGACGACUCGACAUAUAUCAUUCCCCAACCCAUCUCGUGUACCGAAAGACGAACUAUGCGGCUGCUUGAGCAAACUUGGUUGCGUUCGUACCAUCACGUUUGAGAAGGGUUCCUCUGGGGAGUUCUUUCUGGAGACAUGCAUUUCACGAUUUAAGCACUUGCGAGUGCUAUGGCUAGAAGACUGUGGCUUUGACUUACUGCCUAGUUCCAUUGGCCGUCUAAAGCAUUUGAGGUAUCUUAGUUUAGGCCGCAACUAUGAUAUCAAGAAACUCCCCAAAUCGGUCUGCAAGCUUCACAAUCUGCAGUUCUUAGUUCUUGGUGCGUGCACGGAACUCGAGGAAUUGCCUGCAAACAUUAGGAAUAUGAUCAGCCUCCGCAGUUUGGAUGUAACCACGAAACAGCGGCGUUUCCCAGAGGGUGGAAUAGGAUGCUUGACCUCUUUGCGGUGGCUAUUCAUUGAAGGGUGCAAGAAUUUGGAGGCCUUGUUCGAUGAUAUCCACUUGCUCACGUCGCUCCGUAAGUUGUUCAUUGUAGAUUGUCCGAAGUUGGCCUCCUUACCACAAGGCAUCAAGAAUCUGAAGGCAUUGAAGGAUCUCUUUAUUGGUGACUGCGAGAGCUUGAGGUUGCCAGAAGGCGAAAGUAAUGAGUUGAGGCUUCAAUCCUUCGGAUUCGUGGAAUUACCGGAACUAGUUUCUUUACCCGGGUGGCUUGAAGGUUCUGCAAGUACACUGCAGAGCAUAAAAAUUGCAAAUUGUCCCAACUUGAGUGUGUUGCCCGAGUGGCUUCAAAAUUGUUCUUCUCUAAGAACACUGGAGAUUGAAGACUGUCCUGCAUUGUCCUCUUUACCGGAUGGCAUUAGCCGCAUUGCCACAUUGACAAAGUUGAGGAUAUCUGAUUGCGAAGAAUUGAGCAGUUGCGGAGAAGAAGAAGAUUCAAAUUGA